CUCUCCAACGUCCCGUAGCGCGCACUACCUUCCGUUCCUCUUCUCCUUCCUCUCCAAUUCCGACCCAAGGCGGCUCGAAAAUAUCUCCGUUCCCCUCCGCCUGGGCAGCGCUGGCCGCUGGGCACUACCUUCCGUUCCCCUCCACCAAGCUCGCUGGGCGGCAGACCGCCGUAGAGCCCGACGUCUCUAUUCCCGUCAUCAAGUAGCGGCGGCGCAACGGCUGGCAGGGCGUGCAACGGCGCCCCCAACCCCGUCGCUCGUCUUCCUCUUCGAGCGAGCGCCGCCACCCCUCCCUCCCUCCCCAUCGCGCUGCCGAGCAGCACCCCAGCCCCCUCGCUCCGUCGCUCGUCUUCCUCCUCAUGCGACCGCCUCCACCGCAGAUAGUGGAACUGGGACUAUUAUGGUGGUGUAGUUUGCCUGUUUUCGCAUACUGAGUCAGCGCGAUAAAGAUCUAUUCAUUUGAUUGUAUAAGAUGGGCGAUGGGAUGGCUUUUGAGGCUGCUAGGAAGAUCAUCAUGCACCCGCUUUACGCGUCAAGGUCUUCACCUUGGCUUGACUUGAAGGUGUUCUAUGUAAGGGUCAGCAAUUGCGUGGUGGACGAGUCUGCACCGGAGCGUCUCACGCUCAACCACAUCCCGCUAUCUCCUGAUACAGUUAUCGAGGUCAAUGGACGGCGGAGCAGCAUGCACACUGAGUUCAUCUCGUCGUCCCUCAGAAGGGAUAGGAUCGACACGAAGACAGAGGAAGCUACGUAUGUGAGCACAGAUAGUAUAAGGAUGACAGGGAGCGUGCGGUUUCAGGUGUUUGAUAAGAAUGAUCUCUUGCUCACUGGAGACCUAGAGUUAUGCAAUGCCAAUGGAGUGGUUGGGGAAUCGAAGAACAGCAGCAGGAACUGGAAUAUAAAGUGCCAAUCAUCAGCAUCUUCUAGUGGUUUCUUGAAGGGGAAGAUGUCCACAGGCCCGGAUUCUGUACACCCUGUGGUCGAGGUUUAUGUUGCUGGCACUUUCAGUGGCACACCUAUUAUAUUAACAAAGACUAUCCAGUUUAUAUCACGGAGGAAAUCCCAAAUGAAACUAAAGCUGGAUUCCAUCCCAGAGAAUGAAGCAACUGAACAGAAAGAAAACUUACAUAGAGACUCUCUAAAGGUAUCAGAAUUCCAGGAUCCCAAAUCUGAUACAGAUGUGGAUGUUGACUAUAACAGCUUGUACUCGAGACAUGACUUUUUAGAGGGCGAGGAUGGUGAGCUUUCAUGGUUUAAUGCUGGUGUGCGAGUUGGAGUCGGGAUUGGCCUUGGCAUAUGUGUGGGCGUCGGAUUGGGCGUUGGCCUACUGGUUCGGACAUACCAAAGCACCAGCAGGAACUUCAGGCGGCGACUGCCCUGAUGACCGAACCUCUCGGGUGUAGUUGUGUAUUUAUCUUGUCUCUGUAGGGAAAACUAACUGUCCGUCUUCCUUGUCCAUGCUAGUGAUAGCUGAGUGAGGCCUUUUGUUCUUCCCUUCUGGAGUCACUCUGGGUAUCUGAUGCUUUCUUGUGUGCAUUGCCAAUCUUUUUGCCCCCCUGAGGUGUAAAUGCAGUCUGUAUAUAGUAUAGUAAAAAUAAGAGCGAAGUCACUUGAUGUUACUGUGAUCAUAAGGUGGUUCUUUCUGGAUUCUGGAAUUAAAUGUGUUGGCGAAGGAACUUAAGUGA